AUGUCGUCGGAGAUAUCGACUUCGACAAUCUCACUUGACACGAAGGCACGGCGCUCUCUUAUCACUCCGGAUGAUUCGAAUCCAACCAUACCUUUCGCGAUCGACGGCGGGAAUAACAUUCAGCAAUCAAAACCGCGAGCAGGAAUUACUAGGCACUACACAUCGCUCCAAGAACAUGCCGAUCAAAUGCGAAUCGAUGGUGAAUAUCAGGGAGAACGUAGAUUAACCCCUCGACAUGACUACAGACGUGAGAGUACUAGCUGGGGCCCGGGUCCAAUAUCCGAUGAUCGACAUAGAGGAACCGGAAACCCAUUACCUCCAGAGCAACCACGUACUGAAACACCUCCGCUUCUUGAAGAGUUAAUUCGUAGACUUGCGAAAGAAAAUACGAUUGGCAAAAGAGUCCCAACCUUCACCAGUGAUGACACCAUCGGCUCUGAGACAUCCACUGGAACCGGAUCAACUCUAGACACAAAUUCGAACAGCAAUACCAGAAAAUCUUCGAUCGCAGAUUUUCUGGCUCGUCACGUCCCAGAUAUGAGGAUGUUUGCGUCUGAGAACACAUCCGAACGUAAGCCAGAGGCCAAAAAUUCAAAGUCACAGAAUGAGAGUACAGGUGAAAGCCUCCCUACAUCCAUCAAGAAAGAACGCAAGCUCUCUUUUGCGCUUCCCCCAAUGUUGAAGUCGAAAGACACGCGCGAGAGGAUGACAAAACCAACUCUGGCUGUUGGAGAGCCUCCAAGUGAAUCUCCGAGCAAGCCACUGACUCCCCAGUCAUCAGCGCAACGCGGACUCAAGGAUCGAAGAAAGAUCAAGAUGGACCUCACACUUCCUCUUGAGAUGCCUAAUUUACCUACACGAAGCCGUCUACCCAUCGCUCACCUAAACAUCAUUACCCCAUCCCGCCCUCGUAGUCCCAGAACACCUUGGAUCCGAGAUGAACAGCCGAGGCGGCAUCAAGAUACUGGGUCCAAGACAGUGACCACUAUUGAGGAAAGCUCUGUGGAACGAGACUAUAUCCAUGGCAAUAUGGGCGGCUCAAAUCUUUUGCCAGGGGACGAUCAUCUUUUCUCAUCCCAAUCUCCUGUGUUUGAGCGCCCUCCUACGAAGGUCCGCGACCGCUGUUACGUUUCCCGUCCUGUGUUUGGUAGAAGCCGAAGCGGACGUAGCGGUACGAGCGAGUCCACACUGGCACGCACACCGGACAGCAACUGGACGUUGUCUGAUUCCCAGGUCCUGCAAGAGCAUCAAACACGCACGAAGGAAGAACUUCGACAACUAGGUCAAAGUAACAAAGCUGUACGUGGUCGCCGCUGGGGCUGGGGCGGUCGAUGGAUCUCCACUGGCAGCGACUCACCCGCUCAAUCACCAGACUCAGACCCUAUUCGCCGCUUCUCCGUCAACAUCUUCAAGCGCUCUGGUCACUUCUCUGAUCCACCCGACAAGAAACAAAAGCAGCAGUCCCCCUAUAACCGUCCCUGGUGGCGGAAAAACUCUAUUCCCGCCUCAAGGAGUCCUCCUAGCAACCUAGCCCACAUGCCCCUUCCACCACCAUUUGUCCCUCCAGGGCUCCACCGUGUCCCCACGCCGCCCAUGUUCGACGUUAAUGGCGAAGUCAAAGGCAAACUGGCAGAUUUCUUCUUCGAUAUCCAUGGCGCUCCAGGCCGCAAACGACCAUCCAAGAGCCCAGGUAGUAUUUGGGAUUCCGACGCACUGUUGAUGAGCCUGCAGACGAACCUAGACGACGAUGACGACGACGAUGACGAGGAAGAAGGCCCCAAGGGGCGCGCAAGCAAGACUUCUUUGCCGAUGAACUUCAAGCCAGACUAUGACACGCCGGGGCUGAUGCCCGGUCUCGAUGAAUACCCCAUAGGCAAAGAAGGAAACCCAGGGUAUCGCGUGUCGUCUCCAGGACUCCCUGACUCAUGGUUCCGCAUGCAGCGCGGAGACACGUCUAAUGAACAGGCACUUACUACUUCUGCGCUAAAAAAGUCUGAUGAGCGGAGGAAGUUCGAAUGGCUCGUUCCGGAACACUUGCCCAAUAGUCCCCUUUGCCCACUCCAUGCAAAGUACCGCGGGCCGAGUAUCGGCGUGUGUUACUGGCAUGGUGCGCCAUCGGCAGAGAAGAAGAAGAAGAAGAGCGGAGAGAGGGAGAGGGCCGGAAAACAGGACAUGCAGGAGGAGGUUGCAAGGCCUGUGGUGAUGAGGCAGGAGAGUAGGGGGCUGUAUGAUUCGCCUUACGCCGACUCCAAGAAGAGGCGUUUGGAGAGUUUGUCGAGCCCCUGA